UAUGUGAUGUAUUUCCGCUUAGCUCCUUCCCCAUCCGGAGCCACGAGGGCACCACUGCAGGGGCGGAAGAAGACAGAGAAUAAAUAUAUGUACCUAGGUGUAUAAGGGAGCACGUCAGCAUCCCGCUGCUGCAUUCUCCGUCUUUCCCCUUCCACUCCCAACCCCAUUCUCUCCGCCAGGAAACGCUUUAUUUUGCCGUGGGAAGAACUUAUGCUUUGAGCCAUGGCUGCAUCAAGAGGAGUAACUGUGUUCCGUUUGCCACCUCUUCCAACAAUUGGAGAGGUUAUUAAAUUAUUUAAACUCAAAGCUGUAAAGCAGCUCUCACAGAACUUCCUUCUGGAUUUGAGACUAACAGAUAAGAUAGCAAGAAGUGCUGGAAAUCUGAAAGAUGCCCAUGUAUGUGAGGUGGGCCCUGGUCCAGGAGGAAUCACAAGAGCCAUUUUGAAUGCUGGUGUUGCAGAACUUCUUUUAGUUGAAAAGGAUCCUCGUUUUAUUCCUGGGCUUCAGAUGCUGUCAGAGGCAGCUCCAGGGAAAGUUCGUGUUGUUCAUGGAGAUAUUUUAACAUAUAAAUUGGGACAAGCUUUUCCAAAUCACCUUAUUAAGAAUUGGGAAGAUGAUCCACCAGAUAUACAUAUCAUUGGAAAUUUACCUUUUAGUGUUUCAACUCCUCUUAUAAUAAAGUGGCUUGAGAAUAUAUCUAAAAGAGAUGGACCUUUUCGUUAUGGUAGAACACAGUUGACUCUGACGUUUCAAAAGGAAGUAGGAGAGAGACUCACAGCUAGUACAGGAACCAGGCAGCGAAGCAGACUUUCCAUUAUGUCCCAGUACCUGUGCACUGUUCACAAGUGUUUCACGAUUCCAGGAAAAGCUUUUGUUCCAAAACCAGAUGUAGAUGUGACUGUUGUUCAUUUUACACCACUAGUGCAACCAAAGAUUGAACAACCAUUUAAACUGGUGGAAAAAGUUGUUCAAAGUGUUUUUCAGUUCAGAAGAAAAUACUGUCACCAUGGUAUACGGAUUUUAUUUCCAGAAGCCACACGUUUAGAAAAAGCGGAACAAAUGCUCAUGUUGGCAGAUGUUGAUCCAACUCUACGCCCAACUCAGCUUUCCAUGUUUCAUUUUAAAAAUCUUUGUGAUGUCUAUAGGAAAAUGUGUGAUGAAGACCCAAGCCUUUUUGCAUAUAAUUAUAGAGAGGAACUGCGAGAGAAAAGAAGAAAAAAGAGUAACUUUAAAAGGACAUCAGAUGAUGACUUGAUAUAGUCAAUUCUCUAAAAUGAGUCAGCCAAGAAGUAAAAUUGGUUUUGUUGACUGAAGUGAAAUUUUCUGAAGACUUCUUGACCUAAAGGAUAUGUGAAAUUGAAAGAUGGAAGAUGUAGUACGCUCCCACAUAAAUGAUUCCAAGUACAAUCAAGUGAUAGAAGAAGAUUAAAAUGCCCCUGGAGCCAAAGUACUGAAUUCAAAACUUCAGAAAAGGAAAUGUGAUACAAAGACUAUGCCUACAUCAUUGAACAUUUUACUGUACAAACUUGUAGAGAAAAUAAAAAUACAAGAUUACA